AUGUCAUCCGGAGUUGCUGGUUGUACUCAAGUUUCUUCAAAGAGUGUAGAGGGUCACAUGGAGGCUCAAGUGCAGCUCAUGAAGAGUCAUAUUAACUACUUGCAUGAUGCUUUGGCCGAGGUGAAGGAGACAAACCUAGACUUGUCUCAAUUGCUUUCAAAUCAACAAGAUAAAGCUAUGAAGUGGAGAGAGCAUGAUACUUCUUGUGGUUGGAAUGGUCCAAUUGAGGAUCAAGGGUUGGUGAUCGGCGCUGAAGAUGGUGAUCAACGGACAUGUAUCUUCUGUACCAAGUGUUCGGUUGGGUGGUCCAAUGAAGUUGAUUUGGUAAUUGACGGUAUAGAGGUUGAUGAUUCGAGGACGAAUCCUCUUAAAGAAGGAGGGGAUGAUGAGAAUCAUAUAGCCUUCCAUGGUGAUUCUCCUUUUAAGGGGAAUGAUCUAGUCCUUCAUUCUAGUUUUGGAAUGUCAAGUUUACUUUGCAGGCCAAUCAAGGAAGAAAUGAUGGAUCUUGACUACCUAUGUGAUAGGGAGUUGGUUCAAGUGAGCUAUGAUCAAGAUGAUGAGAAUGUCAUUAACUUUGGGGUUCAAACCAAAGGAGAUGAUGACCUCAUGGAAAUAAGUGCUCAAGAGUAUCAAGAGAGUUUGACUCUGUGUGCGCCAUGA